AUGGAGAAUCCACUUUAUGGUGAUGAGAAUAGCAAGGCUAUUAAAAUAGCUACAUAUACUUCAUCAGCAAUUGUUAUAUUAAUUGGUUUGGUAACAUUCAUCUUGUUGGGUGUAUUUACAUACAGAGAAUCGGAUUUGAAAUUAUGGGGUAAUUUGGCCAUGAUGGUUUACUUGAUAAUUCAAUUGGUUCCUCUUGGAAUUUUGAUUUAUUGGCAAAGAACAUCCUAUCUGGAACCUAAAUUACGUAUUUUGAUGAUUUUAACUCCAAUUCUCUUUGUUUUUGGUUGUGCUGUUGCUUUGUUUUAUGUUUUUGGAACUGGUUAUCCUGGACAACAAUGUUUUUAUGGAACUACAGUUGUUAAUGGAAGAACAAUUGUUGGAAAGGCAAGUAAUUUGUACACACUUUCGCCAGAGAGAUGUAUUCCUGCACAAUCUUGUUUGUAUAUUCCAAACAGUUGCAUGGGAUGGGAUGAAAAUUUAAUUCCAAGAUGUGGAUCAUACAAUGCCACUCUAUCAGAAUGUAAAUUGUAUUAAUGACACUACACAAUUGCAAUAUUUCAAUAAUUAUUUAUUUCUUCCAUUUAUAGAAGAUUUUAUAUUUGAUCAAUUAUUUACAUAAAAUAUAUAAAUUUUGUACAGUAUAUAUUAA